AUGGCUUCCACUUCUCUCCACCCUCUUCACCAAUCUCUUUCUCCAAAAUACCCUCAUCUUUCUCACAAUUCACGAUUCACUCCCUCUCGUCUCCGCUUCACCUCCCUUCGGUUUCCCUCUACAAUUCGCGCCGCUUCAGCUGUUGCUCUUGAACCGGAAGUAAGCACACAGCAGAGUCAAACUCUAGAGGUCGACCCAUUUGCUUGUCCAAUAUGUUAUGAACCUCUAAUAAGAAAAGGUCGUCCAGGUUUUAACUUGCCUGCAAUAUAUCGGUCUGGUUUCAAGUGUAAUAAAUGCACCAAAACAUACUCAAGCAAAGACAACUAUCUGGAUCUUACAAUUACUGCCGGAAUGAAGGAUUACACUGAAAUCCAACCAGCGAGGACCGAGCUGUUCCGGAGUCCACUUGUUUCGUUCUUGUAUGAACGAGGCUGGCGCCAAAGUUUUAAUCAAAGUGGCUUUCCUGGUCCUGACGAAGAGUUCGAAAUGGCUCAGGAGUACUUCAAACCUGCCGAAGGGGGUCUUCUAGUAGAUGUGAGCUGUGGUAGUGGCUUGUUUUCCAGAAAAUUUGCCAAGUCUGGAGCAUAUUCGAAAGUUAUUGCACUUGAUUUCUCCGAAAACAUGCUUCGCCAGUGCUAUGAUUACAUCAAGCAAGAUGAUACUAUUUCAUCAACAAAUCUUGCUCUUGUCAGAGCAGAUAUUUCAAGACUUCCAUUUGCAUCAGGUUCAGUUGAUGCUGUUCAUGCCGGUGCUGCCAUACAUUGCUGGCCAUCUCCUUCCAAUGCUGUCGCUGAAAUUUCUCGUGUACUGCGAAGUGGUGGAGUUUUUGUUGGAACCACUUUUCUUCGAUAUAGUUCAACAACUUCCUGGAUAGAACGACCUUUCCGUGAGAGGGUUAGGUGGAACUAUAACUACUUUAUAGAGGAGGAACUUGAAGACUUGUGCUCAACCUGUGGUCUCACAAACUACUCAAAGAAAGUUCAGCAAUCCUUCAUAAUGUUCUCUGCGCAGAAGCCAUGA